AUGGGACCCUCUCAUAAACGAUCAACACGCAAAGCAACAAGAUCAGGAUCCCGUUUCGAGCACAUACGCCGCCAAACGACCUUGAUGCUAACCCCACAAAAGAAACUUGCACCACCUCCUACUUUUCUUAAGAGCUUAAAGGCCAUCUUAAUCGCAUCAUGGUUGAAUCUUCUUCUCGUGUGUAUACCCGUAUCAGUGAGCGUCGCCAUUCUCGAAGUUCCCCAGGUUCUCAGAUUCUUCUAG